AUGGAUCCGCCACAGACAUCGGCAAUACCAACAACAGCAACGGUGGAGGAGGCAGGGGCCGUGUGUUUCGGCUGUGGCGCAGCCAUCUACGACCCCUUCAUCAUGCAUGUUCAACCUGACCUCAAGUGGCAUGGGAGGUGCCUCAAGUGCUACAAGUGUGAGCGCGGCCUCAGUGACGAGACCAGCUGCUUCGUUCGCAACGGCAAGGCUUACUGCCGAGAGGACUACUGCAACAGCAGUUUUCUCCAGCGCUGUGCGGGUUGCCAGCAGCCCAUAACCAAGGUGGAUCUGGUCCUACGAAUUCGCAACCAGACCUUCCACAUGGGCUGCUUCCGUUGUGUGGUCUGUUCCGCCAUCCUCCAGCCCGGUGAGGAGAUCGCCUACCGUCGCGAUAUGCCCUACUGUCUGAGAGACGCGAAGUUGGCAAUGCCAGAAAAGUGGGACUUUCCGCCGCCCACCGUGUCCAACACCACCACUCUCAUGGAGGGCGACGCUGCUGAACCCAAAGUGCUCACUCUCCUCUCCCCGGUUAUCUCCUCAUCCACCUCAAAGCCCAACGAGGAUCAGCAACAACAGUCGACAUUAAAAUUGGUGGAUGGUGGCGAACCGGCGACUUAUUUAAGUCCUCAACCACCCCAUCGCACCGGGUCUGACAGCACUUCCAGCUCCCUUGACGGUCCAAUGGGAGAAAAUGACCUUCCGAUGACUCCGAACUCGGAGGGAAGUCAGGACGAGGACGACUGCAGUAGCCUCUUUGGAUGCAUGACUUCGGCUGCGGUCUCGUGUCUGAGUGGUGACACCUCCUCGCAGCAACAGACCACCCCCGCCCUCAACGGCGAAACUCCACCUAUUCAACCGGCAGCCAACUCCGCGGUAGGACACAACCAUCUUACACGAAGUGGCAGCGGCGGUGGUGGCAAAAAUGGAGGAAAACGAUCAAAGGAACAAAAAACCACCAGGGUACGAACAGUGCUAAACGAGAAGCAGUUGCACAUGCUGCGCACAUGCUAUGCUGCAAACCCGCGUCCAGACGCUUUGAUGAAGGAGCAGCUGGUAGAGAUGACUGGCCUCAGCCCUCGGGUCAUUCGCGUCUGGUUCCAAAACAAGCGCUGCAAGGACAAGAAGAAACAGAUUAUGAUUAAACAAAUGGAACAACAUCAUCAGAAUGGACUGCAUCCCUGCGGAUUGCAAGGCGUUCCUAUGGUAGCCGGUAGUCCCCUGCCCAACGAUUCGAGCAUGCUGUGUUCCAGCUCAGGUAUCGAGGUUCAACGCAUUUCCAGUGAUAAUGGAGGAGCCGGAAGUGCUGGCGGAGCAGGGGGCAUGUGCAGUCCUGUGAGACCCGACGUGUCUACUCCACCACCCCCAUCUCAGCCCCGUUUCUCUCCAGCUUACCCGCCACCACCACCACCACCCUCACACCUCUUCAACGGCAUGUUGCCUCCAAUUUCCCACGUCGACGUAAAGCCGCCAAUACCGCACUCCUCCUCUUCCUCCUCCUCGUCGGCUCACCUCAUGCUCUCCCCAUCCAUGGGAUUACCUGGUGGGGAUGAGGGUCCCUUUCCACCCUUCCAACAGCUGGUGUCGACAUUUGACCUGGUGGACCCCCUGCAGCGGGGCCAGCCAGGACACGAGGACGGAUUCACGAGAGGAAGCCGUUUGUCGUAUGGUGUCCCAGGGGGUUCUGGCGGCCUUAGCAAUGGCCCUCCAGCUCCCACCGCCGUCGUGGACGGGCCGCCCUUUGUCUUCCCCAUAGGUGAUCCCACCUUCACCACCCUACGACCAAUCAGUCUGCGACCACCCUCUCUCUCCACCUAG